AUGUUGACAGCACCCAGCUCAGUUGCGUUGGCCGCGGGCUUGGCCACCGCUGUGGCAGCUCCUUUGUUCGUGGCACCUUCGACAGGCACGGCGAAGUGGGCGACCGCCCUCCGUGGCAGCCGGGCAGCCCCUGAAGCCGUGACCCAGGCCGCACCUGGUGCCAUGGCCACAGUGGGCACGGCCGGUGCAGUCGUUGCCCUGGCGGCCCUUGGGGCAUCUGGUGCCAAAGCCGGCACUCGCAAGCCUCGCAUGGUCCAGGUCGCCCGUCAGUCCGUGGAGACCUUCCAGCAAAACGAGUUAGAGUACCCGGCAGCCUAUGAGAAGAUCGCGGACGUGAACAACAAGGAGAAAGAGGCCGACAUCAUCUGCACUAUCGGACCAAAAUCCUGGGACCCCGAGGUUCUCGUGGAGCUCAUGAAGGCAGGCAUGAACGUCAUCCGAUGCAACAUGUCCCACGGAGACCACGAG